GAUGGCGGACGGGAAGGCGGGAGAGGAGAAGCCAGAGAAGCCGCAGCGAGCCGGAGCCGCUGGAGGACCUGAAGAAGCAGCAGAAAAACUUGUGAAAACUAAGACUGUUUCUUCCAGUAAUGGAGGGGAAAAUUCCAGUCGCAGCGCCGAAAAGCGAUCAGCUGACGAAGAAGCUGCAGACCUCCCAACAAAGCCUACAAAGAUCUCCAAGUUUGGAUUUGCCAUAAGUAGUCAGACGACAAAGAAAGCAUCAGCCAUAUCCAUCAAACUUGGAUCAAAUAAUGAACCAGAAGAAACGCCUCCAGAAGCAAAGAUGAGGAUGAAGAAUAUUGGAAGGGACACACUAACAUCAGCAGGACCAAACUCCUUUAAUAAAGGAAAGCAUGGCUUUUCCGAUAAUCAGAAGCUGUGGGAGCAAAAUAUAAAAUCUCAUCUUGGAAAUGUACAUGACCAACACAAUUAA